UAAGUUUGAAUUAGCUGAUUAGCCUAAUUAGCUCGCUUGCCACCACUGGCUAGACACUGCAGUCAAAAGGUUAGCGGUUUCGCCGUCACGCCCCCGAAAAUCGCGAGGUGUUUCGCUGUGUGGAAACACACCGUAAGGUUGUAAUCGCUGUAGCGCUACAUUCUGUUACACUGUAAGCUACCACGCACUGUAUCGUUACAGUAACGUGAACAGUUACAAUUUGUCAAAGAGAAAAAUGGCUUGGACAACAAGCCUUGACUCCUUAUCAGCAUUUACGAUGAUGGAUGUUGAAAAGUGGGCUGAUGAGGGGAAUCGGAUCCCAAGAUCAGUGCUUUUAAAAGGAUAUAGCAAUUGGAUAGAGGGCUACAUCACCGAUAUUCAAGUCAGGAGAGACGAGGCAGGCAGUGUUGUGAGGGCCAAGUCAUUUCGUUCAAUGAGAAAAAACGAACCCCCAUACAAUUUACAGAUUGAUUUUCCAUCUGAAGGUCCAUUUAUUGGACAGUCAGUGUGUAACUGCAAAGCUGGCCAGGGACACUGUAACCAUCAAGUUGGACUGCUGUACACACUGGCACAUCUUCUAAAGCUACAGUGCAAAUCUGUCCCCCCUACAAUUAGUAAAACCUCACUCCCACAGAAAUGGCAUGUUCCUCCACGCACAUUCGGCUUGACCCCAAAAGCAAUUAACACUAUGAAAAUAUCCAAAUUAAAGCCACCCACAGUUUGCCCACCCCCAAAGAAAUACAAAAGAUGUGAUGGUAUCCUACCCAAUCUAUAUUGCCCAGUUCCAGUCCCCCUACCAAGUGACCAGUUUGCCAAAGACCUUAAAAGCAACUUAGCUGCCAUUGGAAGCAACAGCCAAAUGUAUAGCCUACUGUUAGCCGCUGAAAGACAUCCAGUGGAUAAGGUUGCCACAGAACUUGGAGACGUACCCCUUGGUUCAGUCCUGUCAUACCAAGCCCUUGCCUGUCCCACCUCCACUACCAAUGUCCAUCACCCACCCUUUCCUCUGCCGCCACAGUCAUGUCACUACGUCACUGCUCUCACUGAAAAUGAGAGCAGAUUCUACAGUGGAAUGACUGUCACACUCUCUGAUGCAGAGACUCUUGAGAUGGAGACAAGGGGACAGAGCACAAAUAACACCUGGCACCGCGUCUGAUCUCAGCGUCUCACAUCCUCCAUAUUUAAGAGGAUUGUGUCGAGGGUUGCCGACUUCGACACCUUAGCGGCACACCUGAACAAGCAGAAGAGGGCGGUGCAGACGCAAGCUAUGAAAAGGGGAUUGGAGUUGGAGCCUGUGGCUGCAGCGCUAUACGAAAAGGUCACAGGUAAUAUGACAUUACCUUGUGGCUUUGUCCUAAAUCCACAUGCCCCCCAUUUAGGUGCCUCACCAGAUCGCAAGGUGGUCGACAGGUCUGGGCUCCUUCAGGGGCUUCUGGAGAUAAAGUGUCCAGAUGUGGAUAGUUUUGUUGAGUGUAGAUACCUAUGCGCAGGAUCAGAAGGUUUUACCCUUAAA